CUUCACUUCAAAGAAAAGAGAGGAAAACAGGGGAAGCAACAACAGAAACCCAGAAUGAGGAUCCAGAGCAAGGCCGCCAAGGCGUUUGUGUUUCUUCUUCUCUUCGUUUCAGAGUUUCUGCUGGGGAUAGCAGUAGCAGCGGAAGAACAGAAACCGGAUAUUGUGAUUGGAAUCGAUCUCGGGACUACUUAUUCUUGUGUGGGAGUGUAUAAGAACGGUAACGUAGAGAUUAUAGCAAACGAUCAAGGGAACAGAAUCACCCCAUCAUGGGUUGCAUUCUCUGACACCGAGCGUCUCAUUGGAGAGGCGGCCAAGAAUCAAGCGCCUCUAAACGCAGCUCGUACCCUCUUUGACGUUAAACGUCUAAUUGGGAGAAACUUUGGUGAUCCGGAGGUUCAAAGCAUUAUAAAAUUUUUACCAUAUAAGGUGAUCAACAAAGAUGGAAAACCUUAUAUAGAAGUGGAAGUCAAGGGUGAGAUUAAGGUGUUUAGUCCUGAGGAGAUCAGUGCUAUGGUAUUGACAAAGAUGAAGGAAACAGCAGAGGCAUACUUGGGUAGGAAGAUUAAAGAUGCUGUUAUCACAGUCCCCGCUUAUUUCAAUGAUGCUCAAAGGCAGGCUACUAAGGAUGCUGGUGCCAUUGCUGGACUCAAUGUUGUUCGGAUAAUCAAUGAGCCUACAGCAGCUGCGGUUUCUUAUGGAUUGGAUAAGAAGGGGGAGGAGAAGAACAUAUUGGUUUAUGACCUUGGUGGGGGUACGUUUGAUGUUAGUAUCUUGACCAUUGAUAAUGGUGUGUUUGAGGUACUUGCCACCAAUGGAGAUACCCACUUGGGAGGAGAGGAUUUUGAUCACAGGUUAAUGGAUUAUUUCAUCAAGUUGAUCAAGAGGAAGUACAACAAAGACAUCAGCAAUGAUAGCAAGGCUCUUGGGAAGCUUCGUCGGGAAUGUGAGAGGGCUAAGAGGGCAUUGAGUAGCCAGCACCAAGUUCGAGUUGAGAUUGAAGCUCUAUUUGAUGGGAUUGAUUUCUCCGAGCCAUUGACCAGGGCAAGGUUUGAAGAAUUAAACGCAGACUUGUUUAAGAAGACACUGGGACCAGUCAAGAGGGCUUUGGAGGAUGCCGGUCUAAAGAAGACUGAUAUUCAUGAAAUUGUGUUAGUUGGAGGAAGUACUAGGAUUCCAAAGGUGCAGCAAUUGUUGAAAGAAAUGUUUAACGGGAAGGAACCCAACAAGGGUGUCAAUCCAGAUGAGGCUGUAGCAUAUGGUGCUGCAGUUCAGGGUGGAGUUCUUAGUGGCGAAGGCAGUGAAAUUCUUGUGCUUGAUGUUGCUCCUUUGAGUCUAGGUAUUGAAACUGCUGGUGGAGUGAUGACAAAGUUAAUUCCUAGGAACACAAACAUCCCAACUAAGAAGUCUCAGAUUUUCUCCACUUAUCAAGACCAACAAACCACAGUUUCUAUCAGGGUCUUUGAAGGAGAAAGAAGCCUAACGAAGGAUUGUCACGAGCUUGGAAGGUUUGAUCUAACUGGUAUUCCACCAGCUCCAAGGGGAGUGCCACAAAUAGAGGUCACAUUUGAGGUGGAUGCCAAUGGCAUCCUCCAUGUGACAGCAGAGGAUAAGGCGGCAAAGAAGUCACAAUCCAUCACCAUAACCAACGAAAAGGGGCGGCUCAGCCAGGAAGAGAUUGACCGGAUGGUGAUGGAAGCAGAGGACUUUGCAGAGGAGGACAGGAAGGUGAGGGAGAAGGUUGAUGCAAAGAACAAGCUUGAGACAUACAUCUACAGCAUGAAGAAUACCGUCAAUGACAACAAGAUGGGUGACAAAAUCGAUCCUGACGACAAGGAGAAGAUUGAGAGCACAUUGAAGGAAGCCCUGGAAUGGUUGGAUGAUAACCUGAACGCAGAAAAGGAGGAUUUUGAUGAGAAGAUGAAGGAGGUGGAAUCUGUUUGUACCCCAGUUAUCAAACAGAUUUAUGAGAAGAGUGGAGAAAGCUCAGCUCAUUUUGAAGAAGAUGAGCCUAAUGAUGAAUUGUAAAUUCUUUAGGGGUUUGAGAUUUUUCUGUUUCUUAUAUUAUUAUUAGUAACCUAGGCUAUGAGAAAAUUAUACCAAUUUAUCUAGAUGUAUUUUUAGAACAUAAUGCUAUUUUUUUUUAUUAAAAAUUGUUAUUUUCA